GUUAGGUAAGAAAAUUAGACGAUGGCAUGCAAAGAUGCAGCACAUGAUGAGUCCUGUCAUAUCUAGACACCAUCCGCUUUCACCUUCUGUUUACUGAAACUGCCGUCCUUCUUUAACCAGAGAUAUGGAAGAAAGUGCGAUCAUGGCGUUUAUCCGCAAGUACCUAUGGUUAUGGGUGGUCAUUGGCAUGGUUUUCGUGUCUGUGGUGAUCAGCAUCAUCUUCAUGUUCAUCUGCAAGUGCAUAUCAAGAAAAAGAGGCCAACACAAAAUCCACAAUGUGAAAAACGAAUUCAACUUCAAAACUGAGAGCAACAAAUACCAGCAGAGAAACAUUGAAACGGGCACUCCACCUCUACCUCCGCGGACACAGUUUCUCUUGGCAGAAGCCCAAAGCUACGAGAACCUGGCUGAGGAGAGCCAGAGCAUCCACGACUACGAGGAUGGCAACUGUGAGCAGAAUGUAAGCAACCACGAGGAAAGCAUCCACGACUACGAGGAUGGCAACUGUGAGGAGAAUGUAAGCAACCACGAGGAAAGCAUUCAUGACUACGAGGAGAGCACAGAACUCCAGGCUGACUACAUCAAGAUGGAGGGAGACAUAAUGUUUCCUCCUCCUCCAAUCUUCAACAGCAUGAGCGGUAGUGUUUUGGAGGCCCAAAGCUACGAGAACCUGGCUGAGGAGAGCCAGAGCAUCCACGACUACGAGGAUGGCAACUGUGAGCAGAAUGUAAGCAACCACGAGGAAAGCAUCCACGACUACGAGGAUGGCAACUGUGAGGAGAAUGUAAGCAACCACGAGGAAAGCAUUCAUGACUACGAGGAGAGCACAGAACUCCAGGCUGACUACAUCAAGAUGGAGGGAGACAUAAUGUUUCCUCCUCCUCCAGUCGUCAACAGCAUGAGCGGUAGUGUUUUGGAGGCCCAAAGCUACGAGAACCUGGCUGAGGAGAACGACUAUGUGGAGAGCGUGGACAAUCAACUGGACUAUGUGAAGAUGGACGAGGAAGAUCAAGCAGGAGACAACACCUCCACGGAAGACUAUGAUGACAUCGGGGGUGAAGAAGAGGAUGAGGAGGACUAUGAUGAUGUGGGAUAAAACCCGACACAACGAGGUGGAGACAGUUUUGAAUUCUGCUGAGCAGAGAUUAUCCUUACUGAAGAUUUCUCUUGUCUUUUUGUAUUUUUUUAAUAACAUUCAUUGAAAAAAAGAAAAUAAUUGAAGUACUGAAGACACUGAAAUCUGCCGAGUGGUGUCGAGACAACUGGUUUGAUCUUUAAGACGGUGAUUCUUUUUAAUAUAUCGAAAAAAUUCUGUUUUUCAUCUGAAUGUUGGAAUCGUUUGUUUUUUUACUGAAUACAUUAACAAGCAGAGACUUGCACAGGGUCCCAGAUUAGGAUGAUAUCUGGAUUUGCAAACUACACAUGAAAGCAAUCAAACUAUAUUUCUUUGUCUUCUUCUGACUUAAAUGUCAGAAGAAACUCUUUAGUUUUAAACAUGAAGCUUUUGCAUAUAUCAUGUGUAGAUCAUUCCCAUGCUUUUUGAGAAGGAACAGACUAUGUUGCUGGAGGCUUUCGUUAUGCUCAGUUUGGCGAGAUUUGGUACUUUUUUAAUGAGCUGAAUCAACUAGAUCAACAGUGUAAGUAAGGUUUUUGCUGUAUGAAACACAAAAAACUAUUGGAGCUUCAAAUUUGAUUCAAACUAAACAUAAGACAUGAAAUCUGAAAGUCUGUAACUGCAACAGCCUGAGAUGUUUUUCUUUCUUUAUGUGUUUGUUGAUUUAUUUAUACACAUGAACAUUGAUAUAAGAUUAAUAUGUAAAGCAUUUCAGUCGGGGUCAGGUCUGCACUUUAAUUCUUUUCUUUUAUUCACCAUGAUGUUGUAGAUUUACUGCUGUGUUUGGGAUCAUUGUUCUGCUGAGUCAGCGAAUUUGGGCCACGCUUUAACUGCUGGACAGAUGGCCUCACAUUUGACUCUAGAAUACUUUGGAAAAUACUUUGGCACACAGAGGAGUUCAUGGGAGACUGAAAGGUGUCCUGUGACUGUGAAACAAGCCCAAAUCAUCAUCCCUCCACCACCGUGCUUCACAGUUACUAUAGUGUGUUGGUUUUUGCCAGAUGUACUUUUGCAAAAUGUCCUUACAUUUGCAAGGACAUUGUUCUUGAAACUUUGUAACCCUAAUCCAUGCCACCAUGUUUAUUUUAGACAGAAGAGACUUUCUUCUGGCAACUUUUUGAACAAACCAUACUUGUUCAGUCUUUUUCAAACUGUAGGCAAGGCAAGGCAAGUUUAUUUAUAUAACACAAUUCAACAGCAAGGUGAUUCAAAGUGCUUUACAGAGAC